AUGGAAGAGUGUCACACGGUGUUCGGAAAGUACGAGAUGGGGAGGCUUCUGGGGAAGGGGACGUUUGCGAAAGUGUAUUAUGGGAAGCGAAUAAGCACGGGCGAGAACGUGGCGAUCAAAGUAAUCAGCAAAGAGCAGGUGCGGAAGGAAGGAAUGAUGGAACAGAUCAAACGCGAAAUCUCGGUUAUGCGUUUGGUGCGUCAUCCAAACGUGGUGGAAUUGAAGGAAGUUAUGGCCACAAAGACCAAAAUCUUCUUCGUCAUGGAGUACGUGCGUGGCGGCGAACUCUUCGCCAAAAUCUCCAAAGGCAAACUCAAAGAAGAUCUCGCCCGUAAAUACUUCCAGCAAUUGAUCAGCGCCGUUGAUUAUUGCCACAGCCGAGGGGUGUCCCACCGCGAUCUCAAACCCGAGAAUCUCCUCCUCGACGACGACGAAAACCUUAAAAUUUCCGACUUCGGAUUGUCCGCGCUGCCGGAACAGCUUCGUUACGAUGGACUCCUCCACACGCAGUGCGGGACCCCUGCCUAUGUGGCACCGGAAGUACUGAGAAAGAAAGGGUACGACGGUUCAAAAGCUGAUAUCUGGUCAUGCGGCGUCGUUUUGUACGUUCUCCUCGCUGGCUUUCUCCCCUUCCAACACGAGAAUCUCAUGACCAUGUAUAACAAAGUUCUCAGAGCCGAAUUCGAAUUCCCACCGUGGUUUUCCCCCGAAUCCAAGAGGUUGAUCUCCAAGAUUCUCGUCGCCGACCCUGCCAAGAGAACCACCAUUUCCGCCAUCACGCGCGUCCCGUGGUUCCGGAAAGGCUUGCCGAUGUUUUCCGCGCCGGACACGUGUCAGAUGGAGAAGCAAGACCCGGUUACGGAGGAAGGUAAUGAUUCCAAGGUGCCCAAGUUCUUCAACGCCUUCGAGUUCAUUUCGUCCAUGUCCUCGGGCUUUGACCUCUCGGGGCUGUUCGAGACCAAGCGGAAGACGGCUACGGUGUUCACAUCCAGGUUUUCCGCCGUGGCGAUUGUGGCCAAGAUCGCCGCCGCCGCGAGGGGGCUCAGUUUUAGGGUCACCGAGGUGAAGGAUUUCAAGGUCCGCCUGCAGGGCACGGCAGAGGGGCGGAAGGGCCGGUUGGCGAUCACGGCGGAGGUGUUCGAGGUUGCCCCGGAGGUGGCGGUGGUGGAGUUUUCUAAGUCCGCCGGCGAUACCUUGGAAUACGCCAAGUUUUGCGACGAGGACGUUAGGCCUGCGCUGAAGGACAUCGUUUGGACGUGGCAAGGGGAUGCCACCUGUGCUGCUAACUUGCCCGGUUGUCACGGGGAGGAGUGUCCAAAACAGAUCGUUAGCAUUAAUUAA